CUGGGACCUUGAUCAUGAACUUCCUAGCUUUCAGAACUCUGCUCCCCAAACUCACCGCCUUCCUGUGGGCGGCCGGCGCUGUAGAUUAACAGGAAACUUCCAAGAUGGAAACUUUGUCUUUCCCCAGAUAUAAUAUAGCUGAGAUUGUGAUUCAUAUUCGCAAUAAGAUCUUAACAGGAGCUGAUGGUAAAAACCUGACAAAGAAUGAUCUUUAUCCAAAUCCAAAGCCUGAAGUGUUGCACAUGAUCUACAUGAGAGCCUUACAAAUAGUAUAUGGAAUUCGACUGGAGCAUUUUUACAUGAUGCCAGUGAACUCUGAAGUCAUGUAUCCACAUUUAAUGGAAGGCUUCUUACCAUUCAGCAAUUUAGUUACUCACCUGGACUCAUUUUUGCCUAUCUGCCGGGUGCAUGACUUUGAGACUGCUGAUAUUCUAUGUCCAAAAGCAAAACGGACAAGUCGGUUUUUAAGUGGCAUUAUCAACUUUAUUCACUUCAGAGAAGCAUGCCGUGAGACGUAUAUGGAAUUUCUUUGGCAAUAUAAAUCCUCUGCGGACAAAAUGCAACAGUUAAACGCUGCACACCAGGAGGCAUUAAUGAAACUGGAGAGACUGGAUUCUGUUCCAGUUGAAGAGCAAGAAGAGUUCAAGCAACUUUCAGAUGAUAUUCAGGAGCUGCAGCAAUCACUAAAUCAGGAUUUUCAUCAAAAAACGAUAGUGCUGCAAGAGGGAAAUUCCCAAAAGAAGUCAAAUAUUUCCGAGAAAACCAAGCGUUUGAAUGAACUAAAAUUGUCAGUUGUUUCUUUGAAAGAAAUACAAGAGAAUUUGAAAACAAAAAUUGUGGAUUCUCCAGAGAAGCUAAAGAAUUAUAAAGAAAAAAUGAAAGAUACAGUCCAGAAGCUUAAAAAUGCCAGGCAAGAAGUGGUAGAGAAAUAUGAACUCUAUGGAGACUCAGUUGACUGCCUGCCUUCAUGUCAGUUGGAAGUGCAGUUAUAUCGAAAGAAAAUACAGGACCUGUCAGAUAAUAGGGAAAAAUUAGCCAGUAUCUUAAAGGAGAGCCUGAACUUGGAGGACCAAAUUGAGAGUGGUGAGUCCGAACUGAAGAAAUUGAAGACUGAAGAAAAUUCAUUCAAAAGACUGAUGAUUGUGAAGAAGGAAAAACUCGCCACAGUACAGUUCAAAAUAAAUAAGAAGCACGAAGAUGUUAAGCAAUACAAACGCACAGUAAUUGAGGAUUGCAAUAAAGUUCAAGAAAAAAGAGGUGCUGUCUAUAAGCAAGUAACCACAAUUAAUCAAGAAAUCCAGAAAUACAAAUUUGAAAUUCAGCAACUAAAAGAUGCUACUGAAAGGGAGAAACUGAAGUUCCAGGAAAUAUUUCUAAACUUGAAAACUGCUUUGGAGAAAUACCACGAAGGUAUUGAAAAGGCCGCAGAGGACUCUUAUGCUAAGAUAGAUGAGAAGACAGCUGAACUGAAGAGGAAGAUGUUCAAAGUGUCGACCUGACUAACAAAAUUACACAUCUUUUUGUAAAUUGCUUGCCAUCUUUUAAUUUUCCAUUUAGAAGGAUAAUAGUUAAGUUGAAGCGAAUGAAAGUAUCAGAAGUACCAAAUAAUGUUGGCUUCAUCAGUUUUUAUAUACUCUCAGAAGUAGUUAAUAAGAUGAAUUAGGCUUUUAAAAAUUUAUAAUUAAAAUAAUUGUACAAUUCGUGUCUCUACUUUUCCCCUUGUUGUAAAUAGUUUGAGUAAAACAACUAGUUAACUUUUAAAUAUAUAUGUUUUUUUCUGUUACCAUCA